ACAUGGUGUCGGAGUUCACAGGGGAGCUGCUGACAUUCGCCCUGGGCCACGUGCCCACAGAGCACAACACGGUUCUCUUCAACAUGCCUGCUAACAAACACGACAUCGAAAACCUUGUUCGCAAACAGAGGGAUAAGGACGUGGUGCUGUGGUUCAAGACCACGUGGGAGCGUGUGUCCUUUGAGCCACACACGGACGACAUAGCGCUGCAGCAGCUGCCCUACAAGCACGAGUGGCACUACCUCGCCGCCAGCAUUGUGGAGCGCCUCCCCAAGCCCUUCCUCGCGGUGCACUUCCGCUCCGAGUUCAUUGCCUUCAGAGUGAUGUCGGACAACCAGCUGCUCCCAAACGGGCACAGCAACGCAACGAUGCUCAAGCAGCAGAUGCAGUGGUGCACGGAGAGUGCGGUGCAGCACAUCAACGCGGUAAAAGCAGCAGCAUAA